CCUACACAGACAACUUUUAUUGUUGUUUUCUAUCUUUUUCUAAGAGUACUUGACAAAGAGCCUACUCAAAGUCAAAAAAAAUACAUCAAAACUGGCUCAUAAAAGAUUAUUGCAUUCAUACUAGAAACAAUUUGCAGCCAUAUAUGGAGAAAAUCUAUUAGUAGUUGCAACUAUUAGGGAGUAGAAUAAUCACUCACACCCUCCAGUUUGAAGCCAUGAAGAAAUACUAUUAUUGCAUUUUUGCAUAUGCAGUUCUUACCAUAACCUUUCAAAUGCAUCCUUGUUUAUCUACGAGUCUUUCGACUGAUCAAAGUGUGCUUCUUUCACUCAAACAACAUAUUACCUCCGACCCUUCUCGUAUACUCGAAACAAAUUGGAGCAAUUCAAGCUCCGUCUGCAGCUGGAUUGGUGUCACCUGCAGCUUGCGCCACCAAAGAGUAGCUGCCUUGAAUCUCUCUUACAUGAGUCCCUCCGGCACCAUUCCACCGCAACUCGGAAACCUCUCCUUCCUCGUCUCCCUCGACCUCACCAGCUGCCUCUUCAGUGGAGCUCUGCCUCACCAGCUGUCUCUCCUUCGCCGGUUGAAGUUCAUAUCUCUCCGACUCAACAACUUCACAGGAGACAUCCCUCCAUUGUUUGGUCAGUUACCAAAAUUAGAGUACUUGAAUUUACGCAAUAACAGUUUCACAGGUUACAUCCCAAAAUCCCUCUCAAACCUGACAAACCUACAAUUUCUUGACUUAUCUUCCAAUUCUUUAAGUGGAGAAAUUCCACAAGAGUUAGGGAGGCUUCAAAGUCUACAAAAUCUGUGGAUUGAAUCAAAUCAUUUAUCGGGCGCUAUACCAUCUGCCAUUUUCAAUAUAUCGAGCCUGAUGAAAAUAGGUUUGACAUAUAAUGAAUUGAGUGGAAGUCUUCCAACAGACAUGUGCAGUAACCUUCCAUUUCUUGCAUGGAUUCUUCUCUCUUUCAAUCAGCUGAGCGGCUCCAUUCCGACAAAUCUAUCCCAAUGUUCACGACUUGAGAGAUUGGGGCUCUCUUAUAACUCUUUUAGGGGGCAGAUACCUUCAGAAAUCGGCUACUUAACAUCUCUUGUGGCUUUAGCUCUUGGUGGUAACAAUUUGAACGGUAGACUACCAUAUGAGAUUGGCAAUCUUCAGAGCUUGGUUGGUUUUGGUGUUGAAAACAAUCAGAUUGGGGGCUCAGUUGAUUUUAAUAUUUUCAUGAAUAUGUCUUCUCUGCAAACCUUAUAUCUGUGGCGCAACAAUUUCACGGGAAACCUUUCAAGGGAUAUCGGGAAUCUUACUAUGCUGAUAAACUUGAAUCUCUCGUACAACAAUUUCACAGGUGUUAUACCCAGAGAAAUUGGCCAACGUCUUGACCAGCUGGAAAUACUUAGAUUAGGAAUGAACACGUUGAGUGGUUCAAUGCCACAUGAGAUUUUUAACAUCUCAACUCUUAGAGAACUUUCACUUACACAGAGUGGCGUGUCCGGUGAUCUUCCAAUCAAUUUGUGCAGUGGGUAUCCUUUUCUUGAGGAACUUUACCUUGGUUUAAAUAACUUGAGCGGACGAAUACCCGAAUCCAUUUCCAAUUGUUCCCGACUCAGAAAUCUUGAUCUCAGUAAUAACAAAUUCACUGGCUUUGUACCUCACUCUCUGGGAAGCCUAACAUUUCUUGAGAUAUUGAAUCUGUAUGAAAACAAUCUAACGAUUGGAUCGUCAUCAUCUUCAGAAGUGAGCUUCAUUACUUCAUUGACGAAUUGCAGAUCGUUGACCUUUUUGGGCAUUAGUGCUAAUCCUCUUGAUGGGACUCUUCCAUCUUCCAUUGGAAACUUAUCUUCCCACCUCCAAAUAUUCUCUGCAUUCGAGGCCAGAUUAAAGGGCAGAAUUCCUGCUGAGAUCGGUAACUUAACCAACUUGUUUCAACUUCGUUUAGAUGGCAAUCACAUGUCUGGUAAUAUUCCGCUUACUGUGAAGCACCUGCGCAAGCUCCAAGGCUUAUAUAUACACAACAACAACAUCAAUGGUUCUAUUCCAGAGGAUCUUUGUGAUAUAUACAGCUUUUCUGAAUUAAGUUUGAGUGGGAAUCAUUUGUCUGGUCCAAUACCAAAGUGCUUAGGAAAUAUCACAUCCUUAAGCCAACUUUAUCUAGAUUCUAACAUGUUGACUUCAACCAUACCAUCAGGCUUGUGGCGCCUAAAAAAUUUGCUGGUGCUAGACUUAUCCGCUAACUCAUUGACCGGAUUCUUACCUCCAUAUGUUGGUAAUUUAGUAGCAGCAAUUUCCAUAAAUCUAUCAAUGAAUCAAUUGUCAAAUUCUAUACCAAGCAUGAUUGGUAAUUUGCAAAAUUUGGUUGAUCUUUCUUUGGCACAAAAUAGACUAGAAGGUUCAAUCCCAGUGUCCAUUGGGAGCAUUACGGGUUUGGAAACUCUAGAUUUCUCUAAUAAUAACCUCUCUGGUUCAGUGCCAAAAUCUUUGCAGGCGCUUCAACACCUCGAUAACUUUAAUGUCUCUUUCAACGCUCUAAGUGGAGAAAUUCCCAGUGGUGGUCCUUUUGUGAACUUCACAAUGGAGUCUUUUAAAGGUAAUGAAGCACUAUGUGGAAUUCCAAGGUUCCAAGUCCCGCCUUGUCAUGUUGUCAAGAAGCACAGAUCAAAGAGGAAGAAGGUAGAACUUGCUUUGUUCAUUCUUGUUGGGGUUGUGGCUUUCACCACAAUUCUAUGUUUGGGCUUUAUUUUUCUCAGAUACAAAAGGAAAGAUAAAGCAACUAGUGAAACUGCUGGAAUUUUGGGUGCUAUAACUGAAAGAAUUUCCUACUAUGAACUCUCACAUGCAACUCAACAGUUCAGUGAGAGCAACUUACUAGGCAUGGGAAGUUUUGGUUCUGUUUAUAGAGGAAUUCUUGGAAAUGGGAAGGUUAUUGCGGUAAAGGUGUUUAAACUACAAUCUGAAGUUGCUUUCAGGAGCUUUGAUAUUGAAUGUGAAGUUUUACGUAAUAUUCGUCAUAGAAAUUUGACGAAAGUCAUAAGCAGUUGCUCCAAUGAAGAAUUCAAGGCUUUGGUACUUGAAUACAUGCCAAAGGGAAACCUGGAACAAUGGUUGUAUUCACACAACUAUUGCUUGGAUUUCAUGAAAAGGUUGAACAUAAUGAUUGAUGUGGCAUUGGCAUUGGAAUAUCUUCACCAUGGCUACUCUACUCCAAUUGUUCAUUGUGACUUGAAGCCUAGCAAUGUCUUGUUAGAUGAAGAAAUGGUAGCUCAUGUGAGUGAUUUUGGUAUAUCAAAACUAUUAUUGGACGAGGAGGAGAGCAUUGUGAUAACGAAAACUCUAGCAACACUUGGUUACAUUGCUCCAGAGUAUGGUUUUGAAGGGAUAGUCUCUACAAGAUGUGAUGUCUACAGCUUUGGUAUAAUGUUGAUGGAAACCUUUGCGAGAAAGAAACCAAGUGACAAUAUGUUUGAUGGAGAUCUAACCUUGAAGGUCUGGAUUGAAAGCUCAGUUCCACAGUCAGCAGAUCGAGUUAUAGAUGUGAACUUACUAAUGGAUCUUGAUGAAGAACACGGCGACAAAAUUAUUGAAUUCACAUCAUCCAUAUUUGAGUUGGCUUUCAAGUGUUCUGCAGAAUCCCCUUAUGACAGGAUCAACAUGAAAGAAGCUCUAGCGGAGCUGCAGAAAAUCAAACGCCGAUGUUUGGUUGUUGAAGGAAUUGCCAAGAAAGAAGAUGACACUACAAAUUGAAAUCUUGGAAUUUAAUGAAGCUGAUGGAGAACUAACGGUUCAUGAAUCUUAGAGAAAUGUAUUUUGUUGAUGUCGGGAUAAUACUUUAAGUCGAAGUCGAAUACUAGUAUUGCGUUGUAUCA